AAAAAUAUUUUAAAGAUAAAUUAAAUAAUGAGAUAAUUAACGACUUAAUUAUCGAUCAGCCAGGAUUAGAUUAUGGAGAAGGAGGCGAAAACCCUGUAGAAAAAAUCACGUUCUAUGACAAGAAAGAAAAUAAUGAACAAUUCAAACUUAAACGUGAUCAAUUAAGUUAUCUUGUUCCAGAACAAUUUGAAGAAUUAGUACUGCGUGUUUUUGUUCGCACAAAUAAUGAG